AUGUCCCGAACAACCAAUUUUAUGAUUUUGUCCUUUUCCAUUUUACAAACUGGGGACAGGGUGAUGUCCUUUAAAGGGAACAGAACACUAUGUAUAGUAAAUGGUCCAGAGAAAUAUGACACACUGAAAACAUCCUUGGGCAAUGUCAUCAGUGAUAUAAACUGCAUCAUAAAAAAUAGCAAAAUAGAGGUUGAUGUAAAAGAAGUCAAAAUAGAGAUGUUUUUAGGGGGGGACUACAAAUUUUUGCUUAUGACAGUGGGCCUCAAAGGGGCAACCUCUGAUUAUGCUUGUGUGUGGUGCAAGAUUCAUAAGAUCCAAAGGUGGGACAUGACCAAAGACCUGGACUUUCACAACUAAGGGGAAUUAAAGAGGACCUUACAGAAAAUCAGAGAUUUUCAUGGUUCAAAAAAGCUUUGCUGCAUCCAUCCCCCCUUUGACAUUGAACUUGACCAUGUUGUUCUGGAAGAACUUCAUUUAAUGAGGAUCACUGACAGACUUACUGAGAACAUAAUCACUGAAGUCAUGGAAAGGGACAGCUAAGCUGAUUUAUUGAAAAAAAAAGGGAGAGGACAAAGGAAUUUACCUCAAAAGAUUGAUCAGUGUAAUAAAUGACCUUGGAAUAACCUUUUUAGUGUGGGAAAAAACUAAUGCAGAUGGCAAAGGAAGUGGUUCAUAUGAUUGGACCAGCCUAAUGGGUUCAGACAAAAAGAAACUCCUUCAUCAAGAGUCAAGAGAUAUCCUUUGGCCUGAGACAAAGGAAACUGUUGUGAAGCUAUGGAGGGGUUUUGAAUCUCUUUACCACUUGAUUAAUGCUGACCCUGAGGAAAAUGAAAACCUUGUUCUUGAUGUUUCAGAAAAAUCAAAGGAAUUUAUUGAACUCUUUUGUUCCCUUGGAGGAACAAGAGUUGGGUACAACAAAUUAUGAGUUACCCCAUACAUGCAUGCACUCUCCUACCAUGUUCCAGUUUUCAUCAAAAAUCACAAAACCUUCAAGCAAUUCCCAGGCCAGGGUGCUGAGAAAAACAAUGAUGAUGCAAAAAGAAUUUUUUUUCAAAAGCCAAAUAAAUGGAAU